AUGAGGGAAGGGGAUGAGGUCAAGAACCAGAAUGCGAAUUGCGCGAAGGGUAGAGAUUUAGCGCCCACACCAGCUCAACCCAGCUCGUCCAACAUACGACGACCUGCACCCACCACGUCCUGUUCACCCCUCUGGCCGCUGCCCUCGCCUUUUCUAGGGUGUCGGCCUUGCGAUGCAAAUGGUGGGUUUAUCCCGCGGAACCAACCACCAGAGCCUCUCUCCGACGACAUCGAUUGGUCGCCCUUUCCAGACCGUCCUUCGUACGAGUUCGCCGAGCUCAUCUUUGAAGAUGCUCAUCUAUCCAAAGCAAAAAUCGAUCACAUACUGUUGAACUUCUGUGUCUACGGCUGUGCCGGACCGGGAGUGGCAGUGAUAGUGGCUUACGGGGCGAUCUAUACUGAUUACAAAGAGCUGCUGGAAACCAUCGACAACAUCGAGCUCGGUCCUGCAAAAUGGCGUACAUUUGCAGUACGAUACGGUGGGCCUGUCGAUGCAGAUUCGCCCCCGUGGAAGCGUGAGGUCUUCCUUGUGCACGCACGCAACCCGCUACACGUGGCCGAGGCACUCGCAGCGAGCCCGGACUUCAAGGAGCGUUUUGAUGUUGCACCUUUCGAGGAGUACACCGGCCCCGGCCGUCGUCGUGUCUCCAAUCUGAUGUCGGGUAGCUGGGCAUACAAGCAAGCUGACAAGAUUAGCGAGGACCCACAGACUCACGGGUCCAUGCUCGCCCCGAUAAUUCUGGGCGCUGACAAGACGACCGUGUCGGUUGCGACCGGGAAUCAAGAAUUUCAUCCCCUUUACAUGUCGUUAGGGAAUAUCCAUAACGACAUGCGGCGUGCUCAUCGAGAGAGCGUGGUUCCUAUCGCGUUCUUGGCGAUUCCUAAAGCCGAACACGAGUGGGAGAAGGACGAGGAGUUCCGCGUUUUCAAGAAACAGCUAUAUCACGGCUCAAUUGCGAAGAUACUGGAGCCACUGAGGCCUGGCAUGACGACGCCCCACGUCUUGAAAUGUCCUGAUGGACAUUACCGCCGCACAAUAUUUGAGCUUGGCCCAUUCAUUGCCGACUAUCCUGAGCAGGUAUUUCUUUCAGGUGUCGUCUCUGGGUGGUGCCCACGCUGCCAUGCACUCCCGACCGCCGAAUUCGUCGAAGGCGCCCCUCGUUUUCGAGAGCACGAUGACGCCCUCGAAGAUGCGUACGGUGCACACGAUCUCUGGCACGUUUUUGGUAUCAAUAGUGAGGUCAAGCCCUUCACUGCAUUGUUCCCGCGCGCCGACAUCCACGAGCUCUUAACGCCAGAUCUUCUGCACCAGCUCAUCAAGGGAACGUUCAAGGACCACAUUGUUGCGUGGGUUGUCGACUACGUCAAGAUGAAUGCGAACAGCGAACGUGAGGCUGAUCGAAUACUUGAUGAUAUUGAUCACCGGCUCGCUGCGGUGCCCUCGUUUCCGGGUUUACGGCGGUUCCCGCAAGGUCGCAACUUUAAGCAAUGGACCGGCAAUGACUCGAAAGCUUUGAUGAAGGUCUUUCUCCCGGCUAUCGUCGGUUAUGUGCCAGAGAAGAUGGUCCAGUGCAUUGCUGCACUCCUUGACUUUUGCUAUCUGGCCCGGCGCUCCGCACAUGAUACGUUCUCACUCAGGGCGAUGGAUGAGCUCCUCGAGAAGUUCCACCAGCUCCGCACUGUUUUUGAGGAAGUCGGGAUACGUCCGGAUGGCUUCGCACUCCCCCGUCAGCACGCUCUGGUCCACUACGUCCGCAGUAUCCAACUCUUCGGCUCUCCCAACGGUCUCUGUUCGUCCAUCACCGAGUCCCGGCACAUCUCUGCGGUCAAGAAGCCAUGGCGGGACUCCAGCCGUAACAACCCGCUCGGCCAAAUCAUUCGCAAGAACACGCGCCUGAGUAAACUCGCCGCAGCGCGCGUCGAGUUUGGCCGCCGAAACAUGUUCUACGGGGACGUGUUGACGCACGCGUACCUCACUGCCGGUCUCGACGCACCUGAAGACAAGGAGGACAUUCAAGAUGAGCGCUUCCGUGACCUCGCUGAUGCGAUCGCUAGCGAUGACGCCCCGGCGGAGUCUCUGGUUACGUUGAGCGAACGCCCAGCAUAUGUAACCAAGAUCAAUGAACUUGCGGCCACUCUCGCACGUCCGCAGCUGCUCCAGCUCAUUCGCCGCUUCCUAUAUCUGGUCCAAUACCCCGAUGCGGAGCCCGACAACGUCCUGGAUGCCGACCUGGCCUGGUUCUGGGAAUGCGAGAAGGCAUCCGUCUACUACAGCGCCACUGCGGUCUUUUAUGCUCCUAGCGAGCAUGCAGGGCCUCAUGGGAUGCAUCGGGAGCUGAUCCGCUCUAAUCCGUCUUGGUAUGGAGCUGAUCCGCGCUACGAUACGGUCCUUGUAUGCACAAACCAAGAUGCAAUCGGGAUGGACGGCAUGGUGGUCGCUCGUGUCCGCUCAUUCUUCUCCUUUUCUUAUGACGGUACAUUGCACUCUUGCGCACUUGUAGAAUGGUUUAUUCUUGAGGAUGACACUCCAGAUGACGUGACAGGGAUGUGGGUUGUUCGGCCAGAGAUGGAUCAACACGGUGAACAUGUUACAGAUGUAAUUUCGGUGGGGUCAAUUGUUCGUGCAUGUCAUCUUAUCCCUGUAUACGGUACCACUCGUGUCCCCGUUGGUUUCAGCUACACUGAUACUCUUGACGCUUUCCGCAGAUACUAUGUCAACUGGUACGCUGAUUACCAUGCACACGAGACAAUUACGUAG